GGCGGGGCCAGAACAGCAGCAGGGAGAGGAGAGGAUGCUAACCUCGCAGCAUGUGAUGACUGAGUCCUGAAGACCGUGGGGGGUCUGGUGGCACUUGCAGCAGGCGCCCAGCUUAGAUGAAGGAUGAAGAGCCCGGUGCACAGAUGCAGGGACGUGGAGCACGGACGUGGACAGAGUGGGACCGGGACGGUGUCCACCUUCCUGCAGGCUGAGCAACGCAUCCCCAUCUCCAAAGAUGUCAUCACUUCCUCCUCCGCCUCGGCAAUGUGGUUCAUCAGGGACACCUGCGGCAUCGUGUGCGCCGUCAUCACGUGGAUGCUGGUGUUGUACGCCGAGUUCGUGGUGCUGUUCGUAAUGUUGCUCCCCUCCAAGAAUCUGACGUACAGCAUCGUGAACGGGACGUUGUUCAACACGCUGGCCUUUCUCGCCCUCGCCUCACACCUCCGGGCCAUGUGUACUGACCCUGGUGCCGUGCCAAAGGGGAAUGCCACUAAAGAAUACAUAGAAAGCCUUCAACUGAAACCAGGACAGGUGGUCUACAAAUGUCCAAAGUGCUGCAGCAUCAAGCCUGACCGAGCGCACCACUGCAGUGUCUGCAAAAGGUGCAUACGGAAGAUGGACCACCACUGUCCGUGGGUCAACAACUGCGUCGGGGAGAACAACCAAAAGUACUUUGUGCUUUUCACGAUGUACAUCGCACUCGUCUCCCUUCAUGCUCUGCUCAUGGUGGUCUUCCAUUUCCUCUACUGCUUUGAAGAUGAUUGGACCAAGUGCAGUUCCUUCUCUCCUCCAGCAACAGUCAUCCUCCUCAUACUCCUGUGCUUUGAAGGCCUCCUCUUCCUCAUCUUCACCUCUGUGAUGUUCGGCACCCAAGUCCACUCCAUCUGUACCGAUGAGACUGGCAUAGAGCAGUUGAAAAAGGAAGAGAGAAGAUGGGCUAAAAAAACUAAGUGGAUGAACAUGAGGGCAGUAUUUGGACACCCGUUCUCCUUGUUGUGGUUUAGCCCCUUCUCCACCCCCGACCACGGGAAGGCUGAGACCUACCAGUAUGUGGUGUGAGGUCUCCAGUCCAACCGCACCCAGCUCAGCUAUGGAAGCCCCAUUGCUCCCACUGCUCCCACUGCUCAACGGGAUUCACUCUGUAUAUCUGACUUUAGCCAUGGACCGCUUUUCACAUGCUUUUAUUUUUCUUCUGUGUUGCCAACUAAGUGCGCUAUAUGUUUAUUUUGUGUUGCCUUGAGUGAGUCGAGUUGCAGAGAAAAAGAAAACACUGUCAGCCUGAGUCUUGUUUGCCAACCAUGUGAUGAAUCUGUUUUAUAUGAUCUUCUUUCUUUUGUAUCAAAAUCUCUUAUCCUUUCUUGCUUUAUUGUUCAGCUUACAUUCAUUUAAGGGUUGCCCCCCCCCCAAAAAAAAAGAAAAAAAGGAAAACAACAAUCACUUUGUCUUUCCUGACGGUGUCUGGCCAUGCCGAUUCGUUUUGUAGUAUUAACAAACGUAUAUGCCUGGAAAAUAUUGUUAAUUUAUAACGGAGUGAGUGGAAAAAGCCCCCUACUCUGCAAAAACUCAAAAUAUUAC